AAAAUGUAUUUAAAUAGAGUUAAGAAAAACCUCCUUAAGCCCAUCAAUCAUUCUCAUCCUUUCUUGUCUCGUUCUGAUAUUUUUCCUCCAUUAUUCCCUUCUUCUCCCUCUCUUUGGUUUGGUUGGUGGUAGAGAUUCAUCUCUCUCGCUCGCUUCGUGCUUCGUAUCGUGAUCAUCGUCGGUGUUCGGUAACUGCACCUUUUAGAGGUCAAAGAAGAUAACUUUGUGAAUGGAUAUUCCACAAGACGUAGCUGGAGCUUGGGGGAUCCCCUCUGGAAUGGGACGCCACCGUCAUCUCCCCAAUGAUGCUACUCUCUUCUCCGCUUCUUUACCUGUUCUUCCCCAUGGAAAACUACAAUCAAGUGACAGCAGAGAUGGUUUCCCAUUCAUAGACGACGCGGCUGCUCCUCGUCCCAUCCACGAAAGUGUUGACGACAUUGAGUCUCAUUCCAUUGGAAACAUGCUCCCUGACGAAGACGAUCUUCUGACUGGGAUGAUGGACGAUCUCGACCUCACCGAGUUACCACCAGAUUCUGCUGAUGAUUACGAUCUUUUCGGCAGCGGAGGAGGGAUGGAGCUCGACGCUGACUUUCGUGACGGCUUGAGCAUGAAUGGUGGUCCUCCAAGGCUAUCCAUUUCAAGCGCAGUUCCGCAGUUCAAUGUUCAGAACGGCGCCGGAACUGUUGCUGGCGAGCAUCCUUAUGGUGAACAUCCCUCCAGAACAUUGUUUGUCAGGAAUAUUAACAGCAAUGUAGAGGACUCUGAGCUCAAGACUCUCUUUGAGCAAUACGGUGACAUAAGAACGCUCUAUACUACUUGUAAGCAUAGAGGGUUUGUCAUGAUAUCUUAUUAUGACAUUCGUGCUGCUCGAAUGGCUAUGCGGUCUUUACAGAACAAGCCGUUAAGACGGAGAAAGUUGGAUAUUCACUUCUCUAUUCCUAAGGAUAAUCCAUCUGAGAAGGAUAUGAAUCAGGGGACACUAGUGGUUUUUAACCUGGAUCCUUCAAUAACUAACGAUGACUUGCAUGGAAUAUUUGGUGCCCAUGGCGAGAUCAAAGAGAUAAGGGAAACACCGCAUAAGAGGCAUCACAAAUUCGUCGAGUUCUAUGAUGUUCGAGCUGCUGAAGCCGCAUUAAAGGCUUUGAACAGGUGCGAGAUUGCUGGAAAGCGUAUAAAAGUUGAACCUAGUCGCCCUGGAGGAGCUCGUCGAAGCUUGAUGCUGCAACUUAACCAAGAGCUUGAGAACGAUGAUUUGCAUUACCUGCCGCUGCUUGGUUCGCCUAUGGCAAACUCUCCCCCAAGUAACUGGCUGCAGAUGAACAGUCCCGUUGAGGGUAGUCCGCUUCAGAGUGUGCUGAGCAGGUCACCCGUUUUUGGAGUAAGUCCUACAAGGAACAGCCACCUGUCUGGUUUGGCUUCUGCUCUAAACUCACAAGGACCAAGCUCCAAGCUUGCACCCAUCGGUAGGAGUCCAGUUGCUAGCAACGUCUUCCAACAGUCGUCUCAUUUGUUCCAAGAGCCAAAGCCGGAUAACAAGUACACUGGAAACCUCUCUCCUUCUGGUCCUUUGAUCUCGAACGGAGGCGGCAUCGAGACGUUGUCCGGAUCAGAGUUUCUCUGGGGGAGUCCCAACACACGCUCUGAGCCUUCGAACUCUUCGGUUUGGUCAACGUCAUCCACUGGGGUUCCGUUCUCCUCGGCUCGUGUAGACCGGUCUGUUCCGUUUCUGCACCAAACUCAGAACCGCAGCCAUCAUCCUCAUCAUCAUCAUCAUCUCCACGUUGGGUCUGCACCGUCGAAUGUUCCUCUAGAGAAACAUUUUGGAUUCUUCCCAGAGUCUUCAAAGGACACUAUGUUCAUGAACUCGAGUGGAAUGGGUGGUGGUCUCAACGGUGUGAGUUUCCCGUCGAGAAUGGCAAAUCAUGGGAUUAUGAACCCCGAGAACGGUUUCUCAAGUUACAGAAUGAUGUCUUCACCGAGGUUCAGCCCCAUGUUCUUAAGCAGCGGUUUAAACCCUGGACGGUUCCCCGCUGGGGUUGAUGGCUUGUAUGAGAAUGGAAGACCCCGUCGAGUGGAGAACAGUUCGAGCCAGGUUGAAAGCAGGAAGCAGUUUCAGCUUGAUUUGGAGAAGAUUAUGAAUGGAGAUGAUUCUAGGACCACCUUGAUGAUUAAGAACAUUCCAAACAAAUACACCUCAAAGAUGUUGCUAGCGGCGAUUGAUGAGAAGAACCAAGGCACUUACAACUUUCUCUACUUGCCCAUUGAUUUCAAGAACAAAUGCAAUGUUGGCUAUGCAUUCAUCAACAUGCUUUCACCGGAUCUCAUCAUUCCAUUUUACGAGGCGUUUAACGGGAAGAAGUGGGAGAAGUUCAACAGUGAGAAAGUGGCUUCAUUGGCUUACGCUAGGAUACAAGGAAAAACUGCACUUAUAGCCCAUUUUCAGAACUCAAGCUUGAUGAAUGAAGACAUGCGUUGCCGUCCAAUCAUCUUCGACACACCUAACAGUUCAGACUCUGUUGAACAGGUUAUUGUUAAGGAAACUAAGAAUGGGGAUCUCUUUGACUCUGAGGUUAAUGAUGAUGACGACGAUGGUAGAGAGAAGAGCUGACAAAAGAGAGAAGAAGACUGGGUGUUGUGAUGAUCAUGGCUGUGUUUGUUUUUUUAUUUACAAGAACUAAUAUUUAACGACCGUACAUAAUGGGUGAAAGGCAGAGUUAACUGAUGCAGGAGCCUGCAAAAGUGUGUUUUGGGAUUUGCAGGUUUUAAAUGCUGCUGCAGCUGGAGUAUCUAUCUAUCUACCUACUCUGUUUCUUCUUUUUCUCUUCAUGUUUUUUCCUUUUUGGUUCCAUGGAGCAUUGUAUAUUAUAUAAACAAAAGCCAUGAAUACUCGGAUUUUAUGUGGGUAUGAUGUUGUAACUCUCUCUCGCUCUCUGUGACUCUUGUUGCUUUUUAUUUAUUAAAAGCUUUGGCAAUUUGUACAGAAACUUAAACAAAGUGUACUCGUUCUCAAGUCUUUUUGUAUUUGAGUUUUACA